AUGGAUUCUGUCUCCAGCGCAGUCAUCGGUGAGUUUGUGAGGAGGACCGUAUCAUCCCUGCUCUCCAAGUGUGAGAGGCAAGCCGCGACCGACCAGGAGGACCUGAAGCGGCUGCGCAGCCUACUGCUGCGGAGCCACACGAUCCUCGAGGAGGCCGAGCGACGGCACGUCGCUAGCCGGGCCAUGCUGCAGCAGGUCAUGGCCCUGAGGGACAAGGCAUUCAGAGGCUACUAUGUCCUCGAUGCUGUUGGCUGUCGGUCGCUCCCCGGAGGAGGAGAAAGGCGCAAUGAUGAUGGUGGUGACGACGAUGAGGAGGAGGAGGUGAGCUGCGAUGCGCUCGCUCUAUCCAGGUCAAACACGGUGAAGCGUGUCCGCUUCUCCUCCAAUAGUUCAUCAGCAACAGGGGCAGUGUUGAGCGGUGCAAGCCCUGGAGAGUUGCAUCAGAUGGUUUGCAGCUUGGAAGCCAUGAUCAAUGACAUGAAGGAGUUUGUUGUAUUCUUGAUGGGCUAUCCUAUUCUUCACCGGCAACCUUACAGCGCUCAUUUCUUUGUGGAGAGGUGCAUGUUUGGACGCCAUAUGGAGAGGGACAUGAUCAUGGAAUUCUUGCUGCAGACGGACCCUCCAAGUAACAGUGGAGAUCUAGGUGUGCUUCCGAUCACUGGACCAUCGCUGAUCGGAAAGAGUACCAUUGUGGAGCAUGUUUGCAUUGAAGAAAGAGUGCGCAACCACUUCUCAUUGAUCUUAUCAUACUGUAGAAAUGAGCUUAAAGAUGAGACGAUGCCAAGUUUUAGAGACAAUUGUGUGAUAAAGCAUCAGAAUGAUAGUGCCUCGGAGGAGAGGUUACUGAUCAUCAUUGAGCUCUUGGAGGAUGUGGAUGACGAGACAUGGAAGAGAUUGUACUCUUCUACAAGAAGCAUUCCACGGGGAAGUAAAAUGAUCAUCACCAGUCGAUCAAAGAAGAUUGAAAGGUUUGGGACAACAGAAGCUCUUCGGCUGAAAUGUUUGCCUACAGAAGCCUAUUGGUAUUACUUUAAGAUGCUUGUGUUUGGAAGUGAAGACCCACGACAACUUCCGAAGUUGACAUCCCUAGCUAUGGAAAUAGCAUAUAACAUGCCAGGGUCUUUCAUUUACCCGCACGUGGGUUCUGCCAUUUUACUAAAAG